AUGGCCGGAAAGUUGUUUCUAGCAUCUCCAACAGUCGAGCAGCAUUCCUCCGGCUUUGGCGUGGGAACAGCGACUCCACGACUCUCCUGGCGCUUUCUUGAUGAAAGCUACCCACGCAACUGGAGACAGACUGCAUGUCAUAUUGAGGUUACCCGCGGUCCCGACUCGGAAACAGAAACCCAUGUAAUAGCCGGUGAUGCUUCGGUCCUGGUACCGUGGCCGAGUACGCCGUUGCGAUCUCGAGAAAGGGCCCGCGUACGGGUUCGCGCCUUCGGUCGCGGGGAAGACCAGCCUGAGGUGGAGCCAACUGAUUGGUCGCCCUGGACAGCGGUUGAAUGCUCGCUGUUGAGCAGGGACGACUGGAUUGCGCUCCCUAUCACUGACCUGACAGCUCCAAUCGAUGCCCCGAUACGUCCUAUACGAUUCCGCAAGACCUUCGAUCUCUCUACAAAGGGGACCAUUAAUCAAGCACGGCUUUACAUCACGAGCCUGGGGAUUUACCGAGCAUUCAUCAACGGCCGCGAGGUUAGCGACCAUUGCCUAGCGCCGGGCUGGACAAGCUACCGCUAUCGACUCAAUUACCAGACCUUGGAUGUUGGGCCUCUUCUAAAGCAGGAUGGUACGAAUGUAAUUGCUAUCGAGGUUGCAGAAGGCUGGUAUGCGACUCGGCUGGGCUUUUUGGGCGGACGAAGGCAACUCUACGGGGACAAGAUCGCAGCCCUUGCACAACUAGAAGUUCGGUUGGAGUCUGAGACAUUUUCUCUGGGCACUGAUAGUACCUGGGCUUGUCAGCCGAGCGCAAUUCUGAAGAGCGAAUACUACGAUGGCGAAGUCUACGAUGCGCGCGAAGAAAACCCAGACUGGAACAGCAACUCCCCUGACAAAACGAGCAACUCAGGCUGGCACCCUGUUCAAGAGCUGCAUUUCCCAACUGCUACUUUGGUCGCUCCGGAUGCGCCUCCGGUCCGGAUCACGGAAGAGAUCAAACCUAUAUCAGUGCAACAGACACCAUUAGGGAAGACUAUUGUUGACUUCGGCCAGAACCUAGUUGGCCGGUUACGCGUCAGCUCACUGAUCAAACCAUCCGGGGCCCGCGUUGUCUUGACGCAUGCUGAAGUGUUAGAAAACGGAGAACUGGCAACUCGACCAUUACGCAUUGCGAAAUGUACGGAUGAGAUUGUUUGCGCCGGAACAGAGUUGACGGACUGGUCGCCUCAAUAUACGUUUCAUGGAUUUCGGUAUGUCCAAGUCGACGGUUGGGAUGAAGAGAGUGACGGCUCCUUGCUUGCCAAUCUAACGGCCUUGGUGAUGCACACUGACAUGACUCGGACCGGUUGGUUUUCAUGCUCAAACCAAAUGGUGAACCAACUCCAUAAAAAUGCAUUAUGGAGUAUGCGGGGAAAUUUUGUUUCUAUUCCAACCGAUUGCCCCCAGCGCGAUGAGCGUCUGGGUUGGACGGGAGAUAUUCAAAUCUUUACCCCAUCCGCGAGCUUUCUAUACAAUACUGCUGGCAUGCUGGGCGAGUGGCUUCAAGACGUCGCCGUGGAGCAGUUCCAUGAAGGGAAGGACGGGUGUAUCCCACCGUUUGUUGUUCCGAAUGUCAUCUCCAAAGAACUUUGGCCUCCCACCCCGCAAGCACAAUGGGACGAUGUGGUUAUUUUGGGACCAUGGGCGUUAUACCAAUCAUAUGGGGACACCGACAUUCUCCGCCGACAAUACGACAGCAUGCUAGCUUGGAUCGAUAGAGGCAUUCAACGCGGUCCGGAUCGUCUUUGGGACCCCGAUGUGUGGCAACUAGGCGAUUGGCUUGACCCGACGGCACCGCCAGUCGAACCCGGGGAUGCCCGGACGAAUGGGACGUUGGUGGCAGAUGCAUUCUUGGUGCGUAUUACCUCUGUGAUAUCGCAGAUCAGUCAAAUAUUGGGAGAAAUCGCGGACUCCAAGCGAUUCAGCCAAGAUCUUGAACGGUUGAAAACUGCCUUCCAAACCAAAUACAUCGCACCAUCUGGCCUGCUAGUAGGAGAUACCCAAACAGCCCUAAGUCUUGCAAUCAUGUUCGACCUCCAUGCUACGGCCGAGCAAGUGAAAGUCGCUGCAAACCGGCUAGUUAAUCUAGUACGCCUCGCACAAUUCAGGGUAGCCACCGGGUUCGCGGGAACGCCCAUCAUCACCCACGCCCUAACAAAGGGCGGCUAUCCACAAAUGGCAUACAGAAUGCUGCUCGAGAAGCGCUGUCCAUCCUGGAUGUACCCGAUAACCAUGGGUGCCACGACAAUGUGGGAACGGUGGGACAGCAUGCUUCCCGACGGCUCGAUUAACCCAGGCGAGAUGACGAGUUUCAACCACUACGCCUUUGGCUCGAUUAUUAACUGGCUUCAUAGCACUGUGGCAGGUAUUAGCCCCUUACUGCCGGGUUGGAAGGAGAUCAGGGUGCAUCCGAUCCCCGGCGGGAAUAUUACAUCUGCGGAGGCGGUUCAUGAGACGCCGUAUGGGCGGUUGGAAUGUCGAUGGAAGAUUGAGACCGACGAGGGGGUUUUUAUGUUGGAUCUUCUUGUUCCGCCAAAUUCGAGGGCAUUGGUCACUUUGCCUCGCGAUGAGAAGUUGAGCGGACAGCAUAAUCGGGAGCAGCAGGAGGGGACACGGGUUGGGUCUGGACGGCAUCGCUUUGAGGUGCCCUUUGACUGGAGCAAGUACAGUAGUGACUGGCCGCCGAAACCUAGGAUCCCUAUUAUGAGACAGCCGGAACCGGAUUGUAUUGCCUGA